AGCCGAAUCAACCUGAGCCGAGCCUCGAUUUUUGAAGCGCGUAUAAAAGCUCGGCGACUUCGGGUGACCUUUCAUUGUGCGCUCGUCGCUCGUGAUUAUCAGGUAACGUCGAUCGGACGUUUUUUACAGUCAGCAAGUUUUUCGAUUCGCCCGCCAAAAAAACACGUAUACGUAGUGUUGCAGCCAGAAAAGUGGUCUAGGUGCCAUCAUUGUGAUCUAUUGAGAAAAGUGAUCUUAGAAAGGAAUUAAAAUGAGUUCAAAGUUCAAUCUGUGCCGCUGGAUGCUGUUGGUCCUCGGAGUUUCUUGUCUGAUGGGCAGCUCAUCGGGCAGUUACUGCUCUCUCGAGCGGAUGAAGAAGUUCGCAAUGGAGGCGUGUGAGCAUCUGUUUCAACAGGAUGAAGGUGCCCGCCGGGAAAGGAGAUCCAUUGAGUACGCCCAUCACCAUCUUAAUCGACUGGGAUAUGGCAAAACGCACAACAAGCACCACUAUAUCAGUCGGAGCAGUUAUCCAAUGGGUGGCUACCUGAAGGUGACCCGGGAGCACUUCAACCGUCUUAGUGAACUGGACGUCUUCCCACGCUACAAGCCGAAUAAGUUGCACCAUGAAAAGAAGCAGCGAUUUAAGAGGGAUCACUCGAGCAGAAGCUACAAUAACAUCCCCUACUGCUGCUUUAACCAGUGCGAGGAAGAGUUCUUCUGCUAAGUGACCUCUGGUUCUAUGAUCCACGUCGGUGCCAUCUGGUCAGCCCCCUCUCUAACUCCGUCCUUAGCUAUAGUUAGUUUGUAGAUGUAUAUUUUACAAGUCGCGCUCACUCUUAUAGAGUACCUUUUUUGUGCCCAAUGCAAGGAACACAAAUCCAUUUACAGUAUUUAUACUCUUAGAUUUAAGUUGAAUAUAAAAUUGAAUACAGCAA